AUGGUCAACUCCACCAUGUUCUUCAACAUCUCAGCUGAUGGCCAGCCCUGGAGCCGUGUCUCCUUCGAGCUGCUUGCAGACAAAGUUCCAAAGACAGCAGAAAACUUUGCUGUGGGAUGGUCUAGUGGUGAUUUCACACACCAUAAUGGCACUGGCAGCAGGUCCAUCUAUAAGGAGAAAUUUGAGGAUGAGAAUUUCAUCCUGAAGCAUACAGGUCUUGGCAUCUUGUCCAUGGAAGAUGCUGGCCAAACACAAAUGGUUCCCAGGUGUUUUAGCUGCAAUGCCAAAACGGAGUGGCUGGAUGGCAAACACGUGGUCUUUGGGAAGGUGAAAGAUGGCAUGAGCAUCAUAGAAGCCAUGGAGCAUUUUGGGUACGGGAAGGGCAAGACCAGCAACAUCACCACUUCCAACUGUGGACAACUCUAA